UGUGUGUGUGUGUGUGUGUAAGAGAGAGAGAGACAGAGAGAGAGAGAGAGAGAGAGUUCUGCUUAAAUGAAAAAAAGGUUCUGCUGAAGUGGUCUAGAUCUCAAGUCUGGGUGUUUGGAGACAAAGUUAUAUUACCGAACAUCAAAGUGAGCCAAUCGCGCGAGGCAGCGUGGCGGCAGGAAACCCCAAAUAUGGUCAUGGCAAGUGGCCACAAAAUAAUGGCAAGUGGCCACAAAAUAAUUUUAAAUGCACAGCUGCUACAUAAUGUGAAUUUCAUUUCAUACAGCAGCUCAAUAAACAAGUUCAUAUUAAUUGAAUUUCAUUUUUGGAACGCUAUUGUCUAAAAGCAACUACACUUUACUAUAUAGUAUAACUUCAUUAUUAUAUAUUACAAAUUACUCAACCUUCUGUAUUGUUUUGUUGUACAAAUAAGUGUAGCUUUUCUGAGCAGAAGACACUUUUAAAACUGAAAUAAAAGUGAAAAUAGGGAAUAAAAGGAAAGAUCCCAAUUUGAACACCACGUGAAGGUUAGAAUAAAUGUAUUAAUAGAGCUGUUGUAGUUAUUAUUGUUAGUUAUUAUUUAGUUUUUUCUGUAAAAUUAAUGCUGAUGGCAUUCAGCCUUUAUUUUGGAAUAAUCCCGCAGGAAGUCCUCAGUCCUUCUUUUUGUUGAUAACCGCAGAUUUAUAAACGUUUCUCAUGAUGAAUCUGGGAAGAUGUUUGUAGUCGUGAUUUUUGCAUCUCUCUCAGACACGUCUGGUGUCUCCACAGAUUUUUCCUGCGUUAUGAAGAUUGUUAUAAUUAAAACUGAAAGGUCAUCUAAAAUCGGUUCAUUUACCAGAAAUGCUGAAUUAAAAAAAUAAGAAUAGAAAGUUCCUUUCUGUGGGGAAAUGAAAUCUGGUUUCUUCUGGAAGUGGGAGAGUUAUGUCUAUUAGCUUUUUUUUUCUUUCUUUGUAUUCUUGUUCUAUUUUUUAGCAGUGACGCUCACGUCUAGAGACUGUAGUGUAUAGUGUAAUAUUUUUGUAAUGAAUAUACUGUGGUUUUCCCUCCCAAACACCAGACUUUGAGACUGCACUGAUGCUCUAUCUGUGGGUUUUUAGGUUCAGUCAUGAACACACACUUGUUAAAUAAAAGUAGGUGUUUUUAUUCAAAGUGACUCACGAAUGACUCACAAAAAGUGUACUGCUCAUUUUUCACAUGAUUAGCCGUCUGUGAAUUUUCUGACAUUCACACCUGGUGCUGUCAUUCACGCGUGUGCUCAUGGGUUAGCUUUGCAUUUUGUGAAAUGAUUGUUGUGUUAAAUUAAUGAAUUAACAGAACUGAUAUACAUAAAAGUCCAGUUUCUCGUUUAAAUUGCAGGGUGAGGUGGAAGGGAGAAAAUACCUUUAAAUCACGAAACAGCUCGGAGUAAUAAAAGGGGCAGUUUUCAAAAAGCAAGCAAAAAAACCUAGUAAUUGUCAGUUCAAACCUGUGUAGAAGUAGAGUUAAGACCCCGUAGAUCAGAUGCGAUCAAUAAAUAUUCAAUCAUUCGAGGAAAAGUUCACUUGUUUUCAUCAGAAGUCGUCGUCUUCAGGAGUGUGUAGACUGCUCUCCUCAUAAAUCCAACUCUACAGAAAUCACUCCACGAAACAAAGAGCAAAUGGCCACUUCUGCACCAGAGAAGAUUUAUUUUUCGUCCCAAAUAUCUUCAUGCUCCAUAAUCUAUCAGAGCAGCUGCUCCUCCUCUCCAUGAACGUCGUGUUUUGUGUGGCAGCAUGUAAUAACGCAGAAUAUGAAGUUAAAGGAGAGUGUUGUCCGAUGUGUGAUCCAGGAAAUCGAGUUUAUAGACCCUGUGAUAAGUUCACGAGCACAACAUGUUAUUCGUGUCUCGAGAAGACCUUCACUAAUGCUCCGAAUGGAUUAACUGAAUGUCUGCCUUGUUCUGUCUGUGAUCAAAGUAACGGUCUGAGAGUAAAGAAGACAUGUACAUUAAUAUCAGAUACAGCGUGUGAACCGCUGCCGGGUUAUUACUGUAUAGAAUCACUCUCCAACUGUAAAAAUGCCAUGAAACAUUCAUCCUGCUCAGCUGGACAAUACAUCAGCCGAAACGGAACAGAAAUCAGAGACACGGAGUGCGAGGACUGUCCUUCUGGGUCAUAUUCAGACGGGACUAUCUGCAAAUGGCAUACAAACUGUGAGGCUCUUGGUAAGGAAACGAUCCAGAAAGGAACGGGUUCGACUGACGCUGAGUGCAGUAAUAAAACACGUUCUCAUUCACUGACACUGAUUCUGUGUGGAGUGUGGUCAGCGCUGUUGAUGGUCAUCAUUGCAGUUAUUGCAAAGAAGAAAAAAAAGGAAAAUGUUGCAGUGGAUUAACCCAAGUUGGGUUAAAAAUAGUUCUCUGUCUAUAACCCAGCGAUGAUGGGUUGGGAAAGCGGACAUGAAGGAGAGCAUUCACGUCACGCCACCAGAGUGUUUGGAGAUCUUGGGGGUGAACUCGACUUUGGAGCGGCUGACGGACUUGACGGAUGAAGGUUCAGCAGACUAGCGUUCGAAGCGGCCGGUGUAGACACAGAAGGGGAGAUCGCCACGGGGCUACGGCAAGGAAUCAUGCAAAACAAACGGAUGCCUCCUGUUACGAAAAGAAGAAUGAGGAGAUUAACUGGAAAUAACAGUCAUUUAAUGAUUCAAAACAGGGGUUACAAAAGGCAGACACGGAUGCUAUACUAUGGAAAACAUUGGGCUUCUACACAGGAAACGUGAUCACACGCAGGUGGAACUUAGCUAGGGGAAUACCACAACUGAAUGGGGACAGGAAGAGGAAAUACUAAAUAAAGGCAUAAGAGAACACACUGGUGAGGAAACACAAGAUGAGUGUCACCAAGCCAGCAGAGGAAGCCCUUACCUCUGGAUGAUUUGUGUUCAUUCCCUCUGCUGCUACUUCCUGUUUCAAGACUAUAAAUUCUGAAGCAGGCCCCUCGCCUGGAGGUUGCAUUGAUUGAUUGAUUGAUUGAUUGAUUGUUUGUAGUUAGCCUAGCCUUGUGUUUCCCUCAUCAUAGAUUCUUUGUCUUUAAUCUAUUUGAUUGUUUGCUGCCUGACCCAACCUCUGCCUGGGUAAUUUGGGUUCAUUUUAGACUAGCAAUGUAGUAAGUUUAAACCUUAAAAAAAGCAUAUAAUCCAAAUCAACCUAAUUUGGUUUAUUUUGGAAACCCAUUGCUGGGUUAAAAAACAGGUUUUUUUUUGAACGAGUUAAAAAAUUGGGUUGUUUUUUUUAGCAGUUUUUAGAGUGUAAUUACUAUGUUUCUACUAUAUUUUUAAAAUAUUUUUUCAUGAGCACCAAAAUCAAGCUUUUUUUUUUAUCAGUGGUCUGUCGUCGGGGCCAGCAAAGCCUUUUCUUCUGGCCUAAAUAUUAUCAGAAUGGCUUAUUUUUACACUGCUUCCAGUAAUGUAUGUUUACUUUUAUCCAAUCAUAUUUCAGCAAUUGUGUUGCCAGGGUCAAAGAAAUCUGCCCAAGCCCUUCAGAAUCAUCAGCGCAGACUUCUGUAGUUUUAAAUCAACGGCAUUGAAAACGUUAAAUUAGGCCCACAGCAAUCUUGCAGGUAUAACGUCAGCAUUUUUUCGUAACUUUAUUAACAGAAUUAAUGUUACAUGUCUGUGAUGCAGAGCUCCGUUAUACUGCAUUCCUGUGUAAUAUUUAUGGUUUCUCUUUAGCCGUGGCAUCAUUACGAUGGUAUUAUCAGUUGCAUGUAGGACGUCACUAAAGGCCUAGCUGUCACCAAGCCAGCAGAGGGAGCUCUUACCUCUGGGUGAUCUGCGAUCACUCCCUCUGCUGCUACUUCCUGUCUGAGGACUAUAAAGACUGUUGCAAGCCACUCACCUGCAGGUGGCAUUGUUCGCCUGUUCUAUUGUUGUUUCCCGAGUUUCCUUAGUCUUAGUUCUCUUGGUUUUGACCCUGCCUGUCUUCUGAGUUUCUGAUUGUUUGCUGCCUGACCUGACCUUCGCCUGUUCUUGGAUUUUGUGUUUGCCUCAUCUCUGAUACUCCUGUUUGCCCUGUUUGAAGCCUGCCUGUUUUGACCAUGCCUUACUUUAAUAAAAGCCUGCACAUGGAUCCGCACGCCUCAGGCCCCUCAUUCGUGACACUAGCCACGGCCCGUCACAGUUUACUGUCGGCUAACAUUUAUAGAUUAAGCUUGUAUAAAUGCCAAGCUAUAUAUUCAGUCGUUACCUGAAUGCACUGGUUAGUCUAAAUGUGCCUUUUAUUUGUUGCAUCCCUGGACAUGUUGUUGAUCUCAUUUAAUCUUUAUUUGGGGAUUAUAAAUGCUUGGUCCUGUGCUUGGUCUCUCUCUUUCAGUCUCUGUCUCUAUUUUAUUACCUUAAAUGAUAUGUAUGUUUGUACUUUCUCUACUUGAAGCUUCUGACACUAAAAUAAAAUUCCUUGUGUGAAAAACA